UCAAUAUUCACAAGGAAGCUCUAACGCCUCUCAAGAAAACCAUAACACCACAGCUGCACCGAUUUGAUUUACCUGCAGGCCGCAAUUCCUCAUUUUAUUUUGGUUUUUCGAGGAACUGGCGAUUUUACCGGAUAUAAUGGAUACUCUGAAGGGCAUGCUGAAGGCGUAUGAGGCGUGGGUUGCCAAAAACCCGGAUGUGGUGGGCGAUUUCGAGACCACGGCCAAGUGGGUCUCCUACUUUAUAGCAGGUCGCAUAUCCUCUUCGAAUGUGGUCAGUGAGCUGGUUUAUACAAUGUCCAAUAUGCUGGUGUUCUACAACGAUCGGAUCAUCGAACGGGCACGUAAUGCUCAGGAGAAUUCGGUGAUCCAGCUGCAAUCGAAACUUUGCUACCGUCUAAAGGUCACGCUGACGACACUCGAAUAUAGCGAGGUUUUCAUCGAGAUAUCGGCUCGCCGGCUGUUCGGUCAAUCCGGCAAGUGGCUGGUGAUAGCGCUAAUACAGGCCUUUAAGGCGGCGGGGCGUUUCUUUAUCUUGAAACACUCUACCUCGGAUAUAAUCACAUCGCCGCCCAUCGCCUCAUUGAACCGAAGGGCACUGGGCAAGCAAAGGAAGUCUGCGGCGGAUGAGGUGCCCUCCUCCAACGAUGUGCUGCAGUCCCAGCACUCCAUUACCUUCCAACUAAAGCGAUCCGGUCGAGUGAUCCGCAAGGUGGAGGGUGCUCCUCCUCUGCAGUAUCGCGAUUUCAAGCUCCAUGUGGACAACAAUGAGGCAGUGAAGACGCAGAUCCCCAAAAAACUGCUUCAAGCGGAGUACCUGUAUAUAUCGAAGCCACUGAUCCACCUGGCCGCCAUGGGAUUGUUCGGUCAGCGGAGCUGGAAGCAGUAUAUGGUAGCUCUGUCCAUCGAUCUGUACAGCAUACACCUGUACCGCCAGCACCGAGACCUCAUGUCCAAGCAACAGAAAAUGGAGCUGAGCAGGCGGUGCAUCAACAUUCUGUACUUCCUGGCCCGAUCGCCGUUCUACGACAGCUUCACCAAAUCGAGACUGGAGCGUGUCCUGGACUUUGUGGCUACCAGUAUUCCUAUUGCAAAGGUGGUGGCCGGACCCCUGAAAGACUACAUUCCCACGUGGCAAAGCACUUACUUCUACCUCUGGUCCACUUAAGCAUUCCGGAGAUAGCGCGAGAGUAUUUACCCUAGGCUAAGUUUUAAAGUUACAGGUGUGGAUGCAUUGGGUGUGUACGUAGGAUGGGCCGAUUUUUGGUUGCUAAGAACUGUAGGGGCGGAAUGUAAAUCGCUGAACAAAUAUACUAUUUGCACCUGAAACUAUCGAGUGUAUUUUGAGGAAUUUGCCAAAAUAAACUAGUUUUUGUUUUAUAAAGCUAAAUUAAUUUUGUGUCUCGAGAGCUUGUAUAUUACCGCAGUGUUUGAUUUAUAUUAUUCUUACUCUGACGUGUUCUUGAAAGAGAUCCAAAAAUAUUUUAGAAUAUCUGUGAACCCAGAAAAACAUACUAAACACUCCUUUGAAACUGAUAAAAAUUAAAGCUCUUUUGGGAAUCAAAUUAUAUGUAGAUAAAUAAAUAGAAGGAAGAGGAAGUAUUGUCCAACGAUUACAGUUCUCCCACAUCUCUUAAAUUGGCCUACCUUAAUUAGAGGGAUCGCCGUUAUUUAAAUGAAAAAUGCUGAUUGAUCCAAAUUGUUUUGUAUGGCUUUUUAAAUUAUAUAUGGAACAAUAUUUUUACACAUACAAUUAAACGAAAUUUUUCACUUA